AAAACGCCCGACCUAAAAUUUAAAACAUUUACUAGUGUACAAGUCUUGGAGCCACCAACCAAAAUGAUUCGUUUGGUUCUAGUUGCUUCUUUCAUUUUGAUCUUGGGUUCCUACGAAGCCAAGAAUGCACCAAAUUACCUUCCACUCAAGAAUGACGAGACACAUCCUACCUAUCGAUCAAUUGAAGGAAAAGCAGAGGAAACUCUUGCUGAAGCUGCGAAAACUGCUGCGCAGGCUACCUUGAUGGCAACGUUUGCUACCGCGGUUGCUAUACCAAGCCUUGUGGGAUGGGUAGGGUACAAAACUCUGCAGUACGGAGCAGGUAAAGCUACAGAUUACGCAGUACAAAAAGCUCAUGAGGCUGUCCACAACGCAGUCGAAGGUGAAAUGCGCAAGGCAUUUUCGUAAAAACAAGCAGAUGAAUUGAAUAUUGCCUGUUAGUGUGAAAACCCUAUGGCAUUAAAGUUUGUUUAACCAAUUAAA